ACGUAAACAGUGGCAAUGAACUUUGCCUCCCAGCGUGCGGUGUCGCUGCGGCUCGGGCGGAUACACAGCUGCUCGGUGUGCCUUAGUCGCGGCAUGGCGUCCAGGCUGGUGGCUGUGCCGGAGGCGCGGAGGUUCGUGCGGGAGGCCAUGGAGGCGGUGGGCACGUGCCGCGAGCACGCCACUGCCCUCGCCGACCUGCUGGUGGAGGCGGACUGCCGAGGCCACUACAGCCACGGUCUCAACCGGCUAGAACUGUAUUUGGAGGACGUGAAGAUCGGCAUGUGCGCGAGCAACAACAAGCCGGCCGUGCUGAAGGAAUCGCCAUCCACGGCCUGGGUGGACGGCAACAACUCCCUGGGCGCCGUCGUCGGCAACUACUGCAUGCAGCUGGCCAUGGACAAGGCGCGCGCCACGGGCGUCGGCUGGGUCUCCGCCAAGGGCAGCAAUCACUUCGGCAUUGCCAGCUGGUACUCGAUGAUGGCGGCAAAACAAGGUCUUAUCGGAAUGAGUUUCACAAACACCUCUCCAGUAAUGAGUCCCACAAGAGCGAAAUCAGCUGCCCUCGGCACGAACCCAAUCUCCGUGGCCGCCCCGGCCAGCCAGGGUGACAGCUUCGUGCUCGACAUGGCGACUACUGCAGUGGCCAUCGGCAAGAUAGAGAUGCAGCUGAGGAAGAAUGAGCCGAUCCCGGAGGGCUGGGCCCAGGGACCCGACGGUCGGCCCACCACGGACCCGGGGCUGGCCAUCAGGACGGCCUGUCUCUCGCCGCUCGGCGGGGAAGAGCGCACCUCCGGCUACAAGGGCAGCGGUCUCUCGCUCAUGGUGGAGACCUUCUGCGGGAUUCUCUCAGGUUCUCUGUUCGGGCCGCACGUGCACAUGUGGGCGCCGGUGGACAACCCCAAAGUGGCCGACCUCGGCCAGAGCUUCGUGGCCCUGGACCCCGGCUGCUUCGCCCCCGGCUUCCAGGACAGGAUGAGCGACCUGCUGCAGCACCUCAGGGGCAUGGAGCCGACUGACCCGCAGAAGCCUGUGCUGGUUGCCGGAGACAAAGAAUGGAUGCACAAUCAGAUGGUCGAUGAACAAGGCGGUAUACUCUACCAUGACAACCAGCUAACAGCAGCAGCGGUGCUAGCAGAGACGCUGGGAAUACGACCAAUGAAAGUGAACUGACACUGAAUAGUUUGUCGAUAAUGUAUAUAUUUAUGUUGUUUAGUUGUUGGUAUUUUAUUGUUAUAAUAAUUAUAAUAAUUAUUAUUAUUAUUAUAAAAAUUAAACCAUGUUAUUUGAAGAAAUUUUACUAUGACAAAGUUUCUAACUGUGUCAAAUACAAUACUUAAAAAAUAACAGGUUAUACAUUUAAGUGAAUUAUAUAUGACUACACAUAUAAACAAAUAAGGACUCAAGCAAAGGAGAAAUUAUAACUGUGUGAACAAAUAAUAUUAUUUUAUGUAUAGUGCUUUAUUUUUGAAUAUAUUUUCCUUUGCAAAUAAAUGUAUCGUUCACCAGAUUUACAUACUU